UCCAUCAUUCAUGAACUUGACCUUCAUCUUGCAUCGGCUCUCUAUUGAUGAUGUUACUAGUACAUACUCUGACACGAGGCCCAGUCAGAAAUUAGUUGCUGUUAACAAACUGAGAGAUCUCAAGAAUUCAAGUAAACACCAUGGCGAAGAUAUCGGGUCGAGAAUUGCGCAUUCUUCAUGCUUGUGUGGCAUUGUCUUUGGUGGCAAUAAUGACAAUGACAAACAUCAACACGAUAUUCCAGCCUCGCUCGUCGAUCCAAGAGCAUAUGUCAGCAUCGAGAAGCACCGACUUGUCCAGUUCCUCGCGGGAGUUAGUUGCAGUGACGAACAAGAAUCCAUCCGACGAGGCUUGGCAGAUUGUCAACAAGGCAUAUGCAGAGACAUUUGCAGAAAUCAAGGCUCUCUGCCCAGAUCACGUCUCUUUUAGAACCUGCAUCCGCAACAAGAACAAAGAGAGGGGAACCACUCGACCUUGGUGGUUCCAGACUAUGCUUCGUGAUGCAGUGCCUCGCAAGUCUUCGGGUGUGAAGGACUCUCUUUUUGGAGAAUGGCACGAACUCUACGUCAUGGAUCCACCCCUGAAACUCUGUGUAAUGGAGAAAGUCGGAACUAAACAGUGGAGGAAGUUUCAGUGCAAGUUUAAUGCCGGCAGACCGAUUGGCGGAGUGAGCGGCGAAAACGCGGUAUACUGCCAAGCCCCAGUUAACGUGAGAAAGGAAGAUGCACCGCGAAGUGUGUUCAUUCGGGACCCCCUGGAACGCUUCUUGUCCGCGUUUCUUGACAAAUGCUGGAACUCGUGGCUUUCGGAUAGUUACUGCAAACCGCGAGAAAUCUUUGGAAACAACAGCCUCGCGGACAAAACCAUUCUCUAUGACGAAAAAACAUUUUUCGAGACUUAUGUCGACACUAUGCCUCUCAAGUGGGACUUGCACUUCUUUCCCCAGAGUUUCUACUGUGAUGGCCUCUAUCGGCAUUACAAAAACUACGACUUUGUAGGAAACAUGGAUAUUGGCUUCUAUGAUCAUUUGGAAACAUUUGGGUCGAAAUUCAACGUGUCGGAUGCGGUGGAAGAGGUCUUCCAGCUCGCAAAGCACAGGAAUGAAAGUUCUGUGAAUCUCGGCGUGGAGACGGCUGCUGCCAAGCGAGUUCACAAGUUCUACAAUGCGCGGACUGUGCGACGUGUGCUACAAUACGUGUCAAUGGACUAUAUCCUCUUUGAUCUUCCCAUCCCAAAGUGGGCUACGGAGAUCCUAGUAAACGAAGAAGCAGUGCCAGUUGCCUCGAAUUGAGUAAGGGGAUACGCUAGCUCUGGGAGUGGAUUUACGAUGGUCUGGUGCGAGUUAUGGGCAGUCAAGAGAUCUGUGGGAUCGGAAGUUGGAGAGUCUCCAAUGCAGAAAACGAGGGAAUACAGCAAGCAGAACCAUGAUGGAUGUGUUGGCUUGGAAAUGAGUUGGAACUCUUCCGUACUGUUGUACUAGUAGACGGUAUCGUUGCACCAUCAAGUGAUGGUAGUCUAACGUUAACGAGCGAUUCACACAAUCUGGUUGAUUCAUAACAAAACCUAGGAUAUCUAACCUAUAACUUUAGUCAAGAUGCAGAAGGCAGG